GUAAUGCUUUGGAAAACGAUCAUGAACACAUGUCGAGUGACUAUGAGUGUGGUAACAACAUAUAGGUGGUGUCAGUGCUUUUUUCUAUUAUAUGGAGUUUGAGAUUCAUCAUUAAAACAUGAAAAACCGUUUCCUCCUGCUCAUAACAACCAUUCUUCUAAUAUUAACAACAAUCCAGUGCUCUGAUGAAGCUGACAAUGAUGAAAACGAUUUCAAAAGUACUGAAAACAGCUACAAAAAUAACGAAAAUGAGCCCAACAAGAAUGAAAAAUCAGAAGACCAGGGAGAAAUUGGCAACGAUUUAUUGAAAAACCUGGAAAAACUCUCGAAUUUCCUGGGCGACAGCGAAGAGUCAUCUAGUGACGAAGACCGGAUAUCCGCUUACGAAACUGCUGACAACAGCACUUAUUGUUAUUCCAGGGAUGAAAACCCCUACACGUAUUUUUCGACUAAAACCCUCUACCCCGCGGUACAACGAUUCUGCUCAUUUUGAACCUGUACCAGGUUGCAAGUCAAAAUACAUUUGGAUGACAAUGAGACACGGAAUCAGGUAUGCCACUACAUCCAAAUGCAUUCAAUACAUCCAGCUUACUGACUUCAGGGACAAAAUUAUCGAGAAUGUUGGCAAUGGGAAAACCAAGCUCUGUAUAGAAGACGUUUUUGGUUUUUUAUUUUGGAUGCCUGACGAUUUGAGAGAGGCAAAACCCAAUGGUCUAACACCCAAUGGUCGAGCACAAAUUCUGGAUUUCGGAAAACUUUUGAAAAAUAAAUUCUGUCAUCUAUUCCCAGAGCAAUAUGACCCCGAUAAAAUUCAGAUAGAUUACACAGAAGAAGAAAAGUCGAUUGACUCGGUUGAAGCCAUGAUGGAGGCUCUUUUCAAUAAUAAAUCUCUCCCUAGCGACCCUACAGGAGCUCUCAGUAAGCAGCUCUACACGAAGUGCAGACGUCCCAAAUUCAAUAUGGACUGGGAAACAAAGCAAAACUUCACCUAUCUGAUGGAAAACAGUCCACAGGCUGAAGAGAUGUGUCUCAGAGUAUCUGAAAAACUUGGAUUAUUGGAUGAGCCUCUUGAUUAUAAUAAUGUUUCAAUUCUGUACAACGCUUGUCAGUAUGAGUUGGCCUGGGGCAGACUUACAAGCCCUUGGUGUUCUGUAUUCGAAAAGGAAGAUUUAGAGUUGAUGGAAUAUAUUGGUGACUUGAGUUACUACUAUUUCUGUGGCCCUGGAAACCCCUACAAUAUGAUUCAAGGAUGUCUCUUACUCAAAGACCUCAUCCUCCAACUCCUUUCAGCAGCAGAAGCGUUCGAGAAUAACCUGCCGCACCACACCGUGUCACUGUACAUGGGCCAUUCCACCUCAGUGCUGCAUAUAGCUGCUCAGCUGGGAAUAAUCAACGAAGAGGAACACUUGACACAUCUCAACUAUGAGAAGAACAGCGCUACCAGGCGAUACCGCACCUCCAUUGUGGCUCCCUACACUGCCAACCUCAUCGUUAUACUCUAUGAAUGCACAUUCAACGACAGAUACCAAAUCAAAAUCCUGCUGAACGAGAAACCCGUCCUGUAUCCAGGCAUCUGCGACCCUGACACCGGACUCUGUUCCCUGCACAGCUUUCAGAAGCUGUUCCGCGACUUCAUCAGCUGGGAGGAGUGCAGUCACAACUACUGCACGCACUCUAUCGACCAGAUGUGCUACUACCUCAACGUUCCCGAGCACGAGUGUAACAUUGUCAAGUCGGAAAUCAACAAUCUGAACCGGAACGACGAGAAAUCAGCCGGUGGAUCCCAGAACGAUCCCAACCGUGACGUCCACGAGCAGAAAGCAACCGAUGGUUCCCAGAACGAACCCAACCGUGACGUCCACGAGCAAAAAUCAACUGGUGGAUCACAGAACGAUCCCAAGCGUGACAAUCACGAGCAGAAAGCAACCUUCGGUCCCCAGAACGAACCCAAAGUGGAACGGAGACCAAGGAAAAUGAGUCCCCUGAACGCAGUCAUUGUUUUCGUUGUUCUUAUGGCGUUCGCUUAUACGGUGGUCACAGUUUUGGAUAGGUAUUAUCCUCUGUCGGUUGCUGAAAAGAAGAAAAAGGACCAGGAGCACAAACAAAAGAAGAAAGAAGUGAAAACAUCGCGAACUCUCAAUGACAUGGAGAAACAGUCUUCAAAAGAAGUCAAGAAAGCGAAAUGAACGUGAACACAAAUUGAGAAUUUUCAUAAAAUCAUGAAGUCAUCAUCUCUCAUUUUUUCUAUACUUUCUACAUUACUGAUUAUCAUCACUGUUUACAAUACAUAAAUUGAUAUUAAAGAGCGAUUUGUGUUUUGGUUUUUAUAUAUUCAAUAAUUCUUUAAACAAACAUCAA